CUGGCCUGUGCUGCAGCUUUUACGGAUCGGUUCUGUCGCACAUGUUUCCUUCCGGAAGGAAUUCAAUGGUGCACCAGCUGGCUUCUUGGUUUGUUAAUCUCUGGAUUCAAGACAAUAAGACAAAAAGUGCCUGUUUGACAGGUGGACACAAUGGAUGAAGAGCCAGAGAGAGCGAAGCGCUGGGAAGGGGGCUAUGAAAGAACUUGGGAGGUGCUUAAGGAGGAUGAAUCUGGCUCCCUUAAAGCCACAGUGGAACAGAUCCUAUACCAGUCCAGAAGAAAACGGGUGACACAAAGCCAUGCACAAGUGAGGCUUGGGAUGAUGCGCCACCUCUAUGUUGUGAUUGAUUGCUCACGCAGCAUGGAAGACCAGGACUUAAAACCCAACCGCCUCACAUCUACCCUGAAGCUGAUGGAGGGAUUUGUUGAUGAAUAUUUUGACCAGAAUCCCAUCAGUCAGGUUGGCAUCAUCAUCACCAAAAACAAAAGGGCUGAGAAGAUGACUGAGCUUGCCGGAAACCCAAAGAAGCACAUUGCUGCUCUGAAGAAAGCAGUCGACACUUCAUGUGUGGGAGAGCCCUCUCUGUACAACUCCCUCAGCCUGUCCAUACAGACCCUCAAGCACAUGCCUGGACAUACCAGCCGAGAAAUCCUCAUCAUCCUCAGCAGCUUGACCACAUGUGACCCAGCCAACAUCUAUGAGCUGAUCAAGAUGCUGAAGUCACUUAAGGUGCGAGUGUCAGUAAUUGGCCUGUCGGCGGAAGUCCGAGUGUGCACAGUGCUGACCAGAGAGACGGGUGGAUCAUACCACGUUAUCCUGGAUGAGAGUCACUUCAAAGAGUUGCUCAUGCUUCAUGUCAAACCACCCCCAGCCAGCUUCUCAUCAGAAUGCUCUUUAAUACGUAUGGGUUUUCCUCAGCACACCGUGGCCUCUCUGAGUGAUCAGGAUGUCAAGCCUUCAUUCAGCAUGUCUCAUCUGGACAGCAGCAGUGUUCCGGCUCUGUCUCUGGGAGGGUACUUCUGUCCACAGUGCCAUGCAAAGUACACAGAACUUCCUGUGGAGUGUAAAGUCUGUGGCUUGACGCUGGUGUCUGCCCCACAUCUGGCCCGAUCCUUCCAUCACCUGUUUCCCCUCCAAGUGUUUAUUGAAAGUCCAGCUGAGGAUUUUCAGGAGAAUAGGUUCUGUCAAGCCUGUCAAGGGCAGCUGAUAGAUACAAAUGUAAGUAAAGUACCUGAAAGCUUGUCUCCUCAGGUCUUCCAGGAAGAAGAGCAGCAGCUCCAUUUCUUCCUGGAAAUCCUGAUACAAGUAUUCGCCUGUCCUUCGUGUCGCAGUGUGUUCUGUGUGGAGUGUGAUCUCUUCAUCCACGAGUCCCUGCACUGCUGUCCCUGCUGCAUUCACAGUCGGAGUGCUACAUGAGGCUAAGGCAGAGCUGGUCAUCCUGUCCUGUAUCAGCCGAUCUUCUGAUUCUUCACGUCUGUCCUGUCAGUCAUGCCCCUGUCUGAAUGAAUGGGAUUUUGCAACCUUGCUACAUAAAAAUCUUACUAAUGACAAUUUGGAGGUUGUGGAGCUGAUGAGUAAAGGUUGUUUUCUUUCAUUCAUCCUUCCAUCCACGCAUAAAGGGUGAAACUGCUGAUUUUGUAUGCAAGACUCUGUUAUGGAGCACUAAGUGUCUGAGGUGGAUUUACAUCCAUCAUCUGAAGCCAGAUUUGAAGUAUAUACUUUGGCAAGUUCAAUAAAACAGUUUUCUACACUU